AUGGCAUUGGGAUGGUCCUGCUGGAUCCUUCUGCUGCUCCUGCCCAUCCACACACAUGCUGGGGGAGCCGGCCCUGUCCUUGUCAACCGCCCCUUCGUCACCAUCUGGAACAUCCCCACUGAGCCUUGUGCCAAGAAGUACAAUGUCUCCCUCAGCCUUGAGGUCUUUGACGUGGUGGCCAACGACCAGCAGUCCUUCACUGGGCAGGACAUCACUCUCUUCUACAGUGAGGCACUGGGGCUCCUGCCCUACUACACAGAUGAAGGCGUGCCAGUGAAUGGGGGGCUCCCCCAAAAUGCCAGCCUGCAGGCCCACCUCCACCAGACCACCCAGGACAUCAAGGUCGCCCUGCCUAGCCCUGACUAUGGCGGGCUGGCUGUCAUCGACUGGGAGAAGUGGCGCCCACUGUGGAUCCGCAACUGGGCCUCCAUGCACGUCUACCAGCUGAAGUCAGAGGAGCUGGUGUGGCAGCAGCACCCGCAGUGGCCUCCUGAGCUGGUGAAGGAGUUGGCCAAGCAGCAGUUUGAGCAGAGUGCCCACAAGUUCAUGGAGCAGACCCUGCAGCUGGGUGAGAACUUCCGUCCCAAUGGCUACUGGGGUUUCUACGGCUUCCCCAACUGCUACAAUGAUGACUUUGACAGCCUGCCCUACAACGGGACAUGCCCGGUGGUGGAGCAGCAGAGGAACAAGGAGCUGUGGUGGCUUUGGAAGAGCAGCCGGGCACUCUACCCCAGCAUCUACCUGCCCCCCUGCCUCAAUGGCACUGACAAGGUGCUCACCUAUGUUCGGCACCGUGUGGCCGAGGCGUUUGCUGUCCAGGAUGGUGUCUGCAACAACAGCAUCCCUGUCCUGCCCUACUCCCAGGUCGCCUUUGACUGCACGGUCGACUUCCUCUCCCAGGAGGAUCUCAUGAACACCAUCGGGGAGAGUGCGGCUCAGGGUGCUGCUGGCAUCAUCCUCUGGGGCAGCCUCAACUACAGCACCUCCAAGGAGAUGUGCCUGAGGCUUAAGGAUUAUGUGGAGGGGCCCCUGGGCCACUACGUUGUCAAUGUGACCGCCAGCGCCAACCUGUGCAGCCAGAGCCUGUGCUCCGGCCAGGGCCGCUGUGUGCGCCAGCAGAACAAGCAGAGCUUCCUCCACCUUGACCCUAGCCACUUUGCCAUUGACCUACAAGCCAGCAAGCCCUGGCUGGUAGCCCAGAGCCUGGAGUUCGACAAUGACAUCGCCCAGCUUGCAGAGGAGUUCAGCUGCCAGUGCUAUGACAAGUGGCAGGGACCCCGCUGUGACAUCCCGGACUUCACCAAGUGA